AACCCUCCGAUUUAAAAGAAGUUAAGCAAACCUUCAUAUUAUGUCAGUUUUGAGUUUAUCAUACGUCCUUUAUUCUCCUGCAGUUGUGAAACUCAGAACGAUGAGACCAGUCAUUCCUCUUUCUCCUACCGGAACAGCAGGCGAGUUUGAAUUUUGGCGCUGCCCUAUUGAUUUGGAUCACGUGACCAGAGUCUAUCCAAUACACGCAGGCCAUGGCUUGUUUGCAACCGCUGAGGGAAGAUCCGUGUGUAGUGUAUUUACUCUGAGCUACACGCUAUCAAGAACGAAACUCGGGUUAACAUGAAGUCUGAUGCCUCGCGGGACGCGAAAAAGGAGGCUACUGAAUCCACUAAAGUCUCAGCUGUCGUUCGCCGAGCAGCCAAGAAUAGGAGCCAAACACGAAUAUGGACCACAGUUACGAAGUGCCAUUAAUCCCAGGUCUUUUGUGUCAGAACCAUCACGCCAGGACCUUCCCCUUACAACCUGGGUUUCUCCCCAAUUUACCUCGUUUGAAGUGAAAAACGUCAGACGUGGAGGGCGAGGAACGAAGAAUCUGUUUUCGACAAGCACCUUGAACACAACUACACUUUCAAUUUUGCCACAUGCUAGAAAAACUACUGUCUGCAAAUACCCUUCUUUGUUAUUUAAAACAAGCUCCUCGGUUCCUCAUAGAGGCCUCCUUGAAAGAAGGGCUGCAUCGUCUAUUGGUGAUCCUCAGGUAAUAAGGCAUCCUCAGGUAAUAAGGCAUCCUCAACAAGUGUCGGAUGUUACUGUCACACCCUCUCGGAUUGGGUUUGAAGGUGAAAAACAAAAUGUGCUGGACUCAGUUCAUGCAAGUACAUCAAAAGGGAGUUACACACCUGACAACACUUCUCUUAUUCCUCCUCACAUAGAGACUCCGGAAAUAUCACACAGCGACCAACUUCCUUCAUCUUCAAUUCACUCCAUUCUCUUUUCACCAAACCAACCAAAGACUCCACCAAGAACUGUAAACAUAUUAGUAAAAGACACACCUGAGAAGGACUAUGGGUUAAAGGUUACUUGGAGAAGGAGGAAAAAAAUGAUGAAUUUACUAAAAGAACGAGGUCAGCUACUUGUCAGUGAGGCAGUUAUAAACAAUCAGUGGUCAUAGAUUGUAAAUGAAAACUAUUGUUUUGUUUGUACUGUAUUAUUAAGUGAACCCUUUAAUGUGUUUUUUUUACUACAGGGAUAUGCAGGGAUUCUGACCUGAAAAGAAAAUGAAAAUUAAUGUUUAGUUGAUGGGUGUUAAACUAUAUAAAAAACGUGUUGGAAGAAAUAUACUAAAAUGCUAAAACUGUCUUGGCUGUAUGCCACUAAAUCUGUAAUGUAUAGUUAAUUAUUUAUAUUGAUUAGUUUUUGAUACUGAUUGUAUGGUCAGAACUGUUGAAAUGAAAUACAGAACA